CCAUUCAUCUUUGAUUUCCUCUAGCUAAAUAAAAUCCGAUCACAUACAUAUAUAUACAUAUUAUAUGCAUGUGAGUGUGUAUAUGUAUUAGAAAUCCUCGAAUUGAUCAAUUUUCAGAUAACCAAGAGGCUUUAUCAGUCGGGUUGUUAGGGAUUUCUGGGAAGUUUUGUUUUGGGGAAAGUUUGAUUUGGCUGAAUGGCACAAGCUGUGGAAGAAUGGUACAAGCAGAUGCCGAUAAUCACCCGUUCCUAUCUCACUGCUGCAAUCAUCACCACAAUCGGUUGUUCUCUGGAGAUUAUAUCUCCUUAUAAGUUGUACCUGAACCCCAAGUUAGUGGUGAAGCAAUACCAGGUGUGGCGCCUGGUUACAAAUUUUCUCUACUUCCGGAAGAUGGACUUGGACUUUCUGUUUCACAUGUUUUUCCUAGCUCGGUACUGCAAGCUUCUAGAAGAGAACUCCUUCAGGGGAAGGACGGCAGAUUUCUUCUACAUGCUCUUGUUUGGUGCCACUGUUUUAACAGGAAUUGUUCUUGUCGGGGGGAUGAUACCGUAUGUCUCAGAGUCAUUUGCAAAGAUCAUAUUCCUGAGCAAUUCAUUGACUUUUAUGAUGGUUUAUGUAUGGAGCAAGCAAAAUCCGUUUAUCCACAUGAGCUUUUUGGGUCUGUUUACUUUCACCGCAGCUUACCUCCCAUGGGUUCUUUUGGGGUUCUCUGUGCUUGUUGGCGCCAGUGCUUGGGGGGAUCUACUGGGAAUGAUUGCAGGCCAUGCUUAUUAUUUCCUAGAAGGCGUCUAUCCGCGAAUGACUGGUCGUAGACCCCUGAAAACACCAGCAGUUAUCAAAGCAUUGUUUGCUGACGAGCCAGUAGUGGUGGCUCGACCUGCUAAUGUUCGCUUCGCUGCUCCUCCUGUUGAUGAAGUUCCACCAAAUCAAUGAGAUAAUUUUAUAAGUAAACCAUUGGCUCUGUCUUCAGUUCCUGUAAAUUGACCUUAGAUAUUUGGUUGGAGGGAAUCAGGGUUGGUCUUGUUGAUGAUGAUUGUGCUAGUUACUAAUGCUUUUUGUAAUUUAGAUCUGGAACUGGAGAAGUGCUGUGCUGGCUGGUAGAGAAAAUUCGCCUAUAUGAAGUGUUUUUUCUCUGUUAUAAGUCUUAGAAUUCAAUUGUUUGGUGUUGUUUCUCCUUCCCUUAGAAGCCAAUUGCUGAUUUUUGGUA